GUGUGCCGCAACGCGCCGUCGGGGCAGGCCUUCAGCGAGUACAUGCAGCUCGAGUUCCUCCGGGAGAUAGGGUUCUGCCACAUGCGCAUCGGCGACGGCGUCAACAGCAGGCUGCAGAUGUCUGGGCUGCUGGCGAAGCUGUGCCGCGUGUCGGGCCAGAGCGCGCGGCCCGCGGCGGCGGGGCAGCAGCAGGGCCAAGGGCAGCAGCAGCAGCAGCAGCAGCAAGCGGCGGCGCAUUGA